AUGGCUCCGCCCGCCAUUAUCGCUCCCUCCAUUCUCAGCGCCAACUUCGCCGAUCUGGGCCAUGACUGCUCUAAGAAGAUGGAACAAGGCGCCGACUGGCUCCACGUCGACAUUAUGGACGGCCACUUUGUUCCAAACAUGACAAUCGGCUGUCCUGUCGUUUCUCAGAUUCGCGGCUGCGUCGACCGCCCUCUUGAACCUUGUGCUCGCGGCACUUUUGACUGCCACAUGAUGAUCAUGGAGCCCCAUAAAUGGGUGAAAGAUUUCCAAAAAGCAGGCUGUGAUCUCUACUGCUUCCACUAUGAAGCAGCUGUUUCCUCCGUCGCAGCGACCGACCCCACCGAUCAAGAAACUACCGAUCGCACUUCUCCGCGCCAAUUGAUCAAAUACAUUCACUCCAUGGGCAUGCAGGCCGGAGUCGCAAUUAAACCCGAUACCCCCGUUGAUGUCCUUUGGGAUAUUCUCGAUAGUCCCGAUCUUGAUGAGCGACCAGAGAUGGUCCUCGUUAUGACCGUUCACCCCGGUUUCGGAGGUCAAAAGUUCAUGGCGUCCGAACUGCCUAAAGUCUCCGCUUUGCGCGCCCGUUAUCCCGACUUGAAUAUCGAGGUUGAUGGUGGAUUGGGACUGGGAACAAUUGAUCAGGCGGCGGAUGCUGGCGCAAACGUUAUCGUGGCGGGGUCUGCGAUUUUCGGCGCUGCGGAUCCAGCGGAUGUUAUUGCGAAAUUGAGGGAUGCGGUACAGAAGCGCAGAGGUUUGGAGGGGUCUUCCUAG